GUCAUUUCCAAAUUGCCCACGUCGCUACCACUUCGAAAAUGACCUUUGAGAUCACCGACUUUAACACGCUCUCGGCCGCAGACCGUGCCUCGCUCAAGACGAAAGACGGCAAGGUCCACCUCUUCAACAACCUCAUUUGCCCGUUUGGGCACCGCGCGCUGUGGUCGGCGGUCGAGUCGAACGCGCCGUUCCACAUGAUUGACGUCUCGCUCGCGUCGAUGCCCGAGGCGUACAUUACCGAGUUCAACCGGUACCACACCGUGCCCUUCCUCCUCGACAACGGCACGUCGAUCUUCGAGUCGGCCAUUAUCGCACAGUUCCUCGACGUCAAGUACAACGGCGGCAAGCUGCACCAGCGCGACAGCCCCGAGCGCGCUGCGUUGGCGCAGCUGGCCCAAGCCAAGUUUGAGAUUGGGCCGUUCUACGGUCUCUUGCGCAACCAGGACCCGGCCAAGAAGGAGGGCUUUGAAGCCGACAUUCGCGAGACGCUCGACGAGCUCGAGAAAAUUUACCGGGAACACGCGGCCGAGUUCCGCGCCAAGGGUCCGUACCUCUUUGGCGAUCAGCUGAGCAGCGCCGAGAUCAACAUCAUCCCGUUCUUCUUCCGCUUCCAGAUCAUUCUCAAGCACUACCGCGACUUUGAGCUCCUCAAGGGCUACCCGCUCCUUACGGCCGCGUACGAAGCCGCGGUCGAACGCCCAGCGUUCAAGCAGACGAUCAAGGAGCCCGAGUUUUUCAUCAACGCGUACGCCAAGUAUGCCAACCCGUAAACCUCCUAAUGUAAUUUUGCAUCCCACGCCAAUUUGAUGACGCGUCUCGAG